ACUCACGGCAUGACCCUCAAACUAUUUAAAUUUUAUAAGCCUCUGCUUUUGCUAAUGCUACUUGAUGUAAUUUGUUUUCAAUCUCCUGGAAAACCUUAAGCUUUUGAACUGAGCGCUUUGCAGAAAGCAAAAAUGGUUUAAAGUUUGAAGAAUAGCAGUGAUGGCUUUUUUUUAUGCUUUUAGGUGAAACUGCUAAAUUUAUAGCCAGCUGGUCUAAUCUGGUGAAUUAUAUAAGUGAAAUAUGUCAACAUAGUAAUUUUUUUUCUAAACUGGUUUCGAAGCUGCAAAGUACAAUCAUGUUUUGACUUGUAUAUUUGGAGACUUGUAUAUAGAAAUUUUCAGAUUUAAUGUAAAAAAAAAAAAAAAAAGAAGCAAUGUAUGAGUAUUGCCACAAUUUAAUCUUCUUAAAAUGGAUUUAUGGGAAAAUCCAUGUAAUGUAAUAUAGAAAAAACAGGGUAAAGCAACUGUUAUAACGAAAACCUUAAUGUAUCUAUACAUUGUAGCAGAUGUAAAUCCUUAUUUUAGGAAAGAGUCCAAAAAACAGACCACGUUUGCUUCCCAGAUAAGGUUGUGUUAUGUGAUCAUCAGUUUAAGCCCAUAAUCCCUCUCUAAUCGGGAAUAUUUGAUGUGUGCUCACAGAGUUGCUGAAAUGACACGUUUUCAUGCAGAUGCAACAUAUUCAGCUGCAUCGCCAGGAAGAUAUGCCAUAGGUUUAACAAUGCCUUUCAGCAGGAAUGAGCAUGCUUUGACCCAAGAAGGAUGUCUGCCAGUAGCUGUACAAUGCUCUGCUGUGUGAUGCCUCUGCUACUCUUGUUGCUUCUGAACACCGUGCCAGGCUUCAGGCUAUGCCCGACCCCUUGUCUGUGUUAUGAUGACUCCGACUUGGUGGACUGCAGGGCUCGCGGGCUGGAUCAGGUCCCUCUCAGUGUCCCCCAUGGCACCUGGAUGCUGGAUCUUAGUGGGAAUAAGGUGAGAGAAGUGCGCACCAGAUCAUUCAUGGGCCUCUGGUCACUCAAGAUCCUCUUCAUGUCCAACAACAGCAUUCAUGCUGUGCAUCCACAGUCUCUCACAUCCCUGCAGUUCCUGGAGAGGUUGGACUUGAGUUUUAACAGACUGCGCUGGCUCCCUCAGGACUUCACUCAGAGUCUGUCCUCCCUCCAGGAGCUCCGGCUUGAUCACAACCUGCUGCAGCACCUGGACUCUUUCUCACUGGGAGACGCUGAUAACAUGAGGAAACUGGACCUCAGUUAUAACCGGAUCCAAACGAUGGAUGUCAGAGCUUUCAAGAGCCUAUCUCGUCUGCGCUUCCUCAAUCUGCAGAGAAACAAGCUGACUGUGCUCAAAGACGGCCUCCUGAGUAGGCAGCAGAGCCUGGAGGUGCUGCUGCUCAGCCACAACAACAUCUCGCUCAUUGAGCCUGAUGCUCUGGCCCCCUUGCGUAGUUUGAAGCUGCUGGGUCUCCAGGGGAACCAGCUUGAGCACAUUAAGUUCAAGACCUUUGUAAAACUCCAGACCACCAGCACUCACCUUCAAAUGUCCCUCAACCCCUGGACGUGCGACUGCGACCUCCAGCGCGUUUUUGGCAAAAUCCAGUAUGUCCGACAUCUGCACGUGGAGGACUACAAGGACAUCAUCUGCCACGCUCCUUCUCAGCAGGCCGGGAGCUCCUUGGCCUCAAUGGACAGCCAGCUGUGUAUGGCUGAGACGGUCUCGGUGCUCGUCAUCAGCAUCACCGUGAUGCUCGCUGUGAUCGGUGCCCUGGUCAAAGCAGAACGCAACCGGAAGAGUAAACAAACUGCAAGUGAUGCAGAGUCUGAAGAAAAAUGACAAGUUCACCUAAAAAGUGAAAAGUUCUGACACUUAAGUGUUGUCUGGUGUUACAUGACGGUAAAAAUGAUCAGGCUUUGUUAGUAAACAGCCUAAUACCGACCUGAUUUUCUGAUUUCCAUGAUCAUGAUGAACUCAUCAGUAUAAGUCCACAUGUUUGAAAUUCCACUAUGUGACUUAUCCAAAAACAGCCUACAUUUCCAUUCUUACAUUAACCAGCCUCAUCUCUGCCUCUUCCAGCUACAUCCUUUGGCUUUGUGGACAGCUUGUGCUCCAGUAACUGAUCUCGCUUUUACCUUAAAACUAAGAAGGAGAUGUCAUAAUACCUGCUGACCUGUAACAUUUUCUGUUUUGACUUUAAAAUUAUUUCAAGCCAAAUUCACAUCACCAGUUUUAUUUGGUAAUUUUAACACUAGCAGCUGUAGAAACUAUCAUUUAAUGUCUAUGAAGCAUUGAAAAAGAAAAAUAGAAUUCAUAACAGUGAUUGAUGGUCAGUAAAAUAACUUUUUUUAAAGGUCCUAUAAUUAGUUUUAUUCAAACUUGGUGUUUCUUUACAAUAACGAAAUGUCUUAGACUUGUCACACAUAAUGUUUUACAACUUUAUAAGAAACCAAGUCAUUUAAUUAGUUUUGCUUAAUAAUCUUCAGGGUGUAUUAAUUCUCAGACACCUCUAAUUCUGGAUGUAUGUUGUGUGCUUCAGUGUUUCACAGUACACGGUUCAUGUCUUUAUCUAUAAACGUCAUGGUUAUAUAAACAGGACAUGGAAGCUUAGACUACUUACCUCUACGAUGUAUCAAAGUACCCUUAGUUGAUCAAACCGAAAUGUAAUAUCAUUUGACUUUCUAAAUCUUUGCUAAAGUGCAUUCUUAACUGAAAUACACAACAGUAAAUUUAAAAAGAAGUAGCAUUAGUAUCGGUUCAUUAAGUACUAUGAUGCAGUUACAGUUUAACUUUGGACUGAAUAUAUCCCAGUUGUCACACCAGUGUUCACAGUCGCAGUACUUCAAACUGUUUGGAGAGUAAAAGUAUUCAUUUUGAUCUCAUUGUAAAGAAUAGAGCAUCCAUCAGAAAUAUUUUGAUUAGACAUCUGUUUGUAUAUAAAGUGAAGAGAUCGGGGUAGCCAUGCAGGUUUAUCUAUGUUAUAUAGCAUCAUCACAGCGAUGGACAAAAACAAGUUUUAUGUUAACUCAGCUUUCUGGUAUGUUCAAGGUAGUUUGAGGAGAUUUGUGCAAAGCCUACAUUUAAUAUGCACAUAACCAGCAAAAUGAGCCCUUUACAUGAACAUAUAACAUUGAAUGGAAUGUAUUUAUACAUGGAGCACUCAAAAUGUGUUCAUUCAGCAUUUUUUAUUUCAUACAUAAUAUAAUUUUAUUAUCAAACACUUAAAAAAGGAGCAAGACAUCUGAGGUUGUGGUAGGGGUUCAUGAUGCUACCCUAAAACACUUUGAAGUGAGAGUCUGAGAAACCAGCCAUUGAACCAAAACUUUGAUGAGCAGCUGACCCAUCUCGUCUAAAAUCCUGAAUGAACUCAGUUAAGCUUAGACAUCAGAUUCUGGCAUUGACUGAAGACAUUUUCUUUGUACAGACAAUGAUAUGCAGUCAGAUAUCAGGGCUUUGUAAGUAUCGUUCUGCUUAUUUUUUUAAACAUCUGAAAUGAGGCAUGAGUUUGCCUCAUUUCAGAUGUUUAAAAAAAAUGUUUUAUCCCACUCAACCCUGUUCACCUUAUUAGAUAUGCGGUGAUUCAGUGAAAUAAGUGACCUGAAAUUUAUACAAGAGACACACAACUUGUGGUCAUUAUAU